AUGUCUUCCGAACCCACCCCUGAGGACACUCCCCAAGAACCUGAGCCUGAGCCUUCAAGUUCUAAAAAGAAGAAGAAAAAAAAGCGGCUGCAGCAAGAAGCCAGCAUCCAAGCCCUCACGAGGGCUGGUCAUGGUGCUCUGCAGGCAGGCCGAAACCAUGAGGCCUUAACCAGCUUCCAGAAGGCCUUCUUCCUGGCCUCUGAGGCUCCACAAGCCAGAGACACCCCUGUCCUCCGGGCGUGCGCCUUCAAUCUAGGAGCUGCCUACGUGGAGACUGGGGAUCCAGCCAGAGGCCUUAAACUGCUCCUACGAGCCCAACCUGAAGAGAAGGCCCAGGGCCAGUGCCAUGGUGACCAGUGUUUCAAUGUGGCUUUGGCCUACCAGGCACUGGGUGACCUGCCUCAAGCUUUGACCUGGUAUCAUAAGGCCCUGGGCCACUAUCAACCACAGGGUGACCAGGGAGAAGCCCAGGCAAAAAUGGGAGCCUGCUACCAGGCUCUGGGGCAGCCUGAGUUAGCUGUCCCUUGCCUGCAGGAAGCAAGCCAGGCUUAUGCCCAGGCAGGGCGGCCCCGGGCUGCAGCCCUGGCAAUGGGGGCUGCAGCGGGGUGCAUGCUGAAGUGUGGGCAGCAUGGGGUGGGUGAGGUGGUACAAGCGCUGGAGGAGAGUCGGAGGCUUGCUGAGAGGAGCACCGAACGUGGAUUUCUGGGGCAACUCUAUAAUGACCUAGGCUUGGGCUACUCCCAGCUCCAACUGUUCCCGCUGGCAGUGGAGGCCUUCCUGCAGGCUCUGCCCCUGUGCCGGGGGCCACCAGAGGAGGCCACAGUGCUAAGAAACCUCGGGAUGGCCCACAAUGCCCUUGGCAACUAUCAAGAAGCUCGGGAUUUUCACCAGAAGGCUGCCCAUCUGCAUGGUUCUGUGGGGCAGCGAUGGGAGCAGGGCCGGAGCUUUGGCAGCCUGGCAUUUGCACUGAGCCAGCUGGGGGACCACAAGGCUGCCAGAGACAACUAUCUCCAUGCUCUGCAAGCUGCCCAGGAUACUGGGGACGUGAAGGGGCAGUGGCAGGCUUGUGAGGGCCUGGGCGCUGCUGCAGCCAGACUGGGACAAUAUGAACAGGCCUUGAAGCACUAUAAGGAAGCAUUGGCCCAAUGCCAGAAGGAGCCUGAUUCUGUGAGACAGCGUCUGGUGGCCAAACUGGCAGAUGCCAUGAAGACCUACUUGGCCCAGGGAGGGCUGGUUCCAAUUCACACUCUGACCCAGGCUUCUGAGAGGCCACAGGCUCCAGGUGGAGACUGCCUGGUGGGAACCCCAGCCAAGGUGGGGUGUGGCAUGACAGGUGCCCAGCGCAGAUCUACCCGUGGGUGGGAAAGCAAAGAGUCUGAGGACCACCGUGAAGAGAAAGCGGAGAACAGAUUGCUGAAUGUUCCUGCAACUUCUUGGACGCCAAGACUGGAGUGCCCCACCAGAGUAAGGUGCCCUGGCAUGGUGGUACCCAAUAGCUCUCAAGCCAAUAGGUCAUCAAAAUGGCCCAGGGAAGUCCUCAGCAGGAAUCCCCAAAGAAGAGGCACACAGUCUGGCUUCUGUACUGUCCUGUGA